AUGAGGACUACACUUGCGGCUCUUGGGUUUGCUCCUACUACUGCCGACCCGUCGCUGUUUCUACGCACCGACACCUCUUUGCCGCCGUUCUACAUCCUCGUGUACGUCGAUGACUUGGUCUUUGCCACAGCUGACACUGCUGGACUCGCCUACGUGAAGUCCGAGCUGCAGAAGAGACACACGUGCAUAGACCUGGCUCUGCCUUCGGAUGAGUCGGUAGAGCCGAGUGGCCCAUACCCAGAGCUUGUUGGCUGCCUCAUGUACCCGAUGACCUGCACUCGACCUGACCUGGCAUACCUGCUUAGCAUCUUGGCACGCUAUGUUGCUCUUGGGAGACACCGACCAGAGCACAUGGCUGCAGCAAAGAGGGCGUUGCGCUACUUGUGCAGUACGUCGGGCAUGGGGCUCGUGCUUGGAGGGCGGAGUCCAGUAGUCCUCUUUGGUCACGCAGACGCGUCUUGGGUUGACGACUUGUCUACGCAGCGGUCGUCACAGGGUUACACCUUCAGCCUUGGUUCCGGCUCUGUUUCGUGGCGGUCUACCCGCUCGUCUUCUAUUCUCAGCUCUAGCUGUGAGGCUGAGAUCUACGCAGGGGCCAUGGCUGCACAGGAGUUACGCUGGCUCACCUACCUGCUGACUGUCCUCGGAGAGCUGCCUCGUUCUCCUCCAGUCCUGUACGUAGACAACAAGGCCAUGCUGGCCUUGUGUCGGGAGCACAGACUGGAGCACAGAACGAAGCACAUUGCUCUUCGCUACUUUCUCGCUCGUGAGCUGCAGCAGCGUGGUCAGCUGCGCCUUGCUUACGUGGCCUCUAGGGCCAACACUGCUGAUAUCUUUACCAAGGCACUUCAGCCUUGUGAUCAUCAGCGUUUUUGUACGAUGCUAGGUCUUGUGCCUACUUGGCCUCACUUGCUCACCUCUUGA